AUGCGUUCUUUACUUCUGAUCCUGUGCCUUGUCCUUGUUUAUAGCAUUGAAAUAGUUCGUAUCUGUGCUGAUCCCACUGACGGGUUCACCGUCGUGCCGCUGACAGAGUGGAACUUCGAGAUACAGAGACCGUAUGACAAGCUGUUGGAGGAGAGGUACAGUUUCACAGAUGGAAUUAGGAGGCUUUGGGUCUAUGCAGAUGAUAAACCUCACGAACCUGACAGUAAGACCAAGCCACGGACGGAAAUUCGCAUAAGAGGGCUUGACUAUUCAUCUGGGGUGUGGCAAUUUGAGGGCUACGGUUUCGUGCCGAAUGGGACCUCCGGAGCCAUCAUAGUGCAGAUCCAUGGCGGCACGGGGCACGCCACUACUCUGAUACUAAGGAUGUAUGAAGGUGAUGUACAAUACUAUCUUCACGAUCUGAUCGCGACCAAUCUUUACGACAAGUGGUUCAGGGUGAACGUGAUCCAUGACAGGGAUCAAGGCAUCGUGGAGGUUUACCUUGAUGGGACUCUAAAGUUCGUGACGCAAGAUCGUGGCCCCGGCGACUUGUACUUCAAGUGUGGAGUGUAUGCCGCGCCCCCUAAGGUGAGCUAUUACAUGGAAUCGAGGUGGAAGGACAUUAAAAUAUACAAUAAGUGCUUGUAG